AUGAAACAAGCAAGAAAGCUUCUUCGUGAAAAGGAGGAGAAGGUUCUUUCUUCAAAAUUGCAACAAACACCAUCGGAAUUGGAUGAGGAUGAAAGAACAACAAAACAAACAUCAACAUUUAGCGCUUUUGCCUUGCUAGAGGAGGAAGAAAAUGAGGAGAAUAUUGAUGAAAUGUAUGGUGAUGAUAUAAAGGAAAUGAUUGAUCAGCAGCAACAACAAUCAACAAAUUUGAACGAUGACAACGAAGAAUCCACAGUGAAUACUGCAAAUCCUAAAAACAAAAAGAAGAAGAAGAAGAAAAAGAGCACCAAGAAGAAGGACGAAAAUCUAACCGAUGAAGAAUUCUUGCAACAACAAAUUCAAAAAUUGGGCCUGGAAGAAAAUGAAAACAAAAUAACGGGUGGAUCGUCAUCUCUGAAAAAUACCUUCAGCUUAUUUGAGGUAUCGGAUCCCAAAUCACUCAAUCCUGAAAAUGAAUUCAAGAAAAUUUUCGGAAGUGGUGCCGUCUCUCAAACACAAGCUGCUGUCAGCGCUGACUAUGAAGAACAACUUCCUAAAGUAUUGAGAAAUAACCCUCAUUUUGUCGGAAAGAGAUCUGUUGUGAUUGGCAAGAAGAAGAAUGACGUAAUGCUAAAUUUAUUUGUGACAUCUAAACCUCAUUGGCCCAUGUAUAGAUCUCUUUAUUUGACAGUGCAAUUGAAGAGCACAAAGCCAAACAAUGUCGAAGUUUAUGAAGUGGUAGAGCAAAAAACUGUCACAGGUAACACCACAGGUCUCUAUGGCAAAGUUCAAGAACAAUAUGAGAGAGCCCUCCAGAGUAAUGAUCCAAAUAGUUUUAUUUAUAUUCUGCAGCAAGUACAUCCAUAUCACAUUCAUACGUUACUUCAAAUGAGCGAAGUGUUCAGAACCAUGCAACGUGAGAACGAUCAAGCUCAGGAUCUCAACGAAAGAGCGUUGUUUGCAAUUCAGCAUGUGUUGAAUAAUCCUCAAUUUGUUAAUGGUCUCAUGAAAGGCACCAGUAGGCUGGAUUCAUCACAAGAUAUUGUGAAGGCUAUUUAUUUGUCACUUCUAUGCAGAAUUCAUGCUUUAGCGAGAAGCGGCGCUCACAACACCGCAUUUGAUUUGAGUAGAGUGCUUUUUUCACUCUCCUGCGACCCACUCACAAACAGCUCCAUCAAUGUUGCUGAUCCAGCGCACGUUCUUCUAUUUAUUGAUUACUAUGCCAUCAGGAUUCGUAAAUUCAAAUAUGUUUACAGAGAUUUAACCGAAAACUUUAUCAUGAAAGAACAAGAAGAAUUACAAUAUUUACCAAAUUUAAUGUACAGCAGAGCUUUGAGUUUAUGGCAUGACAAUCAACUUUCGACAGCCAAUGAAGUUUUGCAGCAAGCUCUCCAAACUUGGCCAAUGGUUGUAGUGUUGUUGUUGACUGAAAUUAAGACGACUAGAUUUGGAGAAUUUGAAAGUUUAAUUCGAAACACAAUAUUUACCAACAAGAUAUGUACCUCUCCAAUAUUCUCCAAAUUACUUUCUGCUUACGCCAAAAGAAACUCUGAAUUUUGGAAAGAUGACGGAGUAUUGGAUUGGCUCAAGUUCAACAUUGAAGAGAUGUUAAAUCAAGGAGGAUCCGCACAGAAGCACUUUGAUGAUAUUAGAGAAAUGUGCUAUCAACAUGCAGUAUUCACAAGUAACUACAAGAUUGUUUACGAAAAGGAAGUGCUUGGAGAAAUUUUGCCCGAUUUAAAUGUCAACAACCCACCUACAGGCAGCAGUUCCUCAAGAAGAAAUCCAUUCCUUUACUUUUUGGAAUCUUUAUUGCCUUGGAGUGGAGCAGUUAUAAACUUGAAUCAAUUUUUAGGAGGUCAAGCAGUUGAAGAGGAACCCGAAGAGGAUGAAGAAUAA